CAGACAUUUACAAGGACUCGGAAUAGCGGUUCUGAACAUGGCACUUCCCUCACCAUGAUUUUACCCUCAUGAUCCUGUGGACCAAGUUUCUUCUGUCGUCCAAGGAAAGAUUCAUCAACGGCUCAAACACCGGCAUUUUCGACUGAUGAAAAAUGUGCCACAAGACUACCUACCCUAGACUACGCGAUCCUCUCUGACGCCCACUGGUUCUUCUGAAAGAUGUACCUAUUCCAGGGCAAAAACAUGACUGGAUGUGUUUUUUUGCAACGAACCAAAUAUCACAGAUUGUGGACUCGAAUCUGCUGUCCGAUUGUCAUUCAGAUUGGCACUCGAGCCGGAUCAUCGGAUGCAAUGAAUGCAAGGGAAUGGUGACUUUUCUAUGGACGUUUUCACCGGCCCAUUUCGAAAACGGGACUUGGGACAAUGGAGGAAAUUGCAACAGGACUUGGCUAGUCCUUAGGGAAAUCCAAACGGAUCAGAGUUACAAGAAAAACAGGAUUACAAGGAUACGACUUAAAAGCCCUCCUAAAGUCUACUACACAUGGAAGUGCAACACAAGCAAAUACAGUGACAAAUUCAAGCCGAAAAAACAUCUCCGAAUCCUAAGAAUCACUACUCCACUUGAACUAAGGAGAAUUCAAGUGGAGGAAAUCGAAAGGCCGAAAAAGAUUGGGGAGAAAAGUGGGAUAAACUUACAAUCUUUGGAUGUUACUAGGGCUAUGUUGUUGAGGCCAGAUGGGCACCCCGGAUCUUACUGGGUUAACAAAUGGAUGAAGGGCUAUGAUGAUUGUGUCCACUGGUGCUUGCCUGGGCCCAUUGAUGCUUGGAAUGAUCUUUUGUUGGAAAUGCUCGGGAGGGAAGAUGGCUUGUCUCUUGGUUAAGGGUCAUUCUCUAAUUUUAUACUUCCAUUCUUGCACAUAUUACUGAACUGAUCUACAGAAUUUGAUAGUGAGACAUAUUCUUAUCAAAUACUAAGAUAUAUUUCUUUUUGCUGGACAUAGAAUAAUGUAUUUCAAGAUGGGAACUUGGGAAGGAAUGUUGCCCUAGAAGUGCCUUCCAGUGAUACACUGAUGUUUGUUUGACAUUGUCCUGAGAUUUUUGAACUAUACUGUAAUCCCAGAGUUACUACAUAGAUAAUAGGGUUUCUUACAGAGGCUGAGGGUCGAGGCAAGAGAUACGCCUUUUAGUUACACCACUGCUGUUUAUUUGAGAUAUACUGUACAUUACAUUCCUCCCAGAGUACUGUAUAUCGAUUGUAUUUUCGAGCAAGAUUUAUGUAACAGACAGAAGAAGAGGAAAAAAGAGAGGCUAUGAGAGAACCGAGCAUUGUAACGCUUAAUGGCUUAUA